CCAGUCACUGGUUGGACCGACUGUGAAAACAUCUCUGCUAGAAAGCAAACAUUUUAGAGAAACUUAGAAUCUACGCUUGGAAAUUAAACUUCAGGACACCUGAGGAAGAAAAGUUUUUCAAGACACCUGCGGAAAAUGUGUACCUACGUUAUGGACCGCAUGCUGACCCAGAUCAGAGGUUGGCUAGCCGGCUGUGCAGGUGAUGUCUGUCAGCUGGCUGCUCCGGCUCAAGCAGCUCCUCGUCCUGAAGGUUCUCUUUCUGCUCCUGCUAAUCAUGCUGCUUCUCCAGUGGCUAAUCAACCCAUUCUUGCAGCUCCUUCUGCUGCGCCUGCAAUGGUCUUUGCUGCUCUUGCUGAUCCUGCAGCUCUUCCUCGAGCUGAUGUUCCUGAUCCUGCAGCUCUUCCUCGAGCUGAUGUUCCUGAUCCUGCAGCUCUUCCUCAAGCUGAUGUUCCUGAUCCUGCAGCUCCUCCUCGAGCUGAUGUUCCUGAUCCUGCAGUUCAUCCUGUUAAUCAUUUUGCUCCUGCUGCUGUCCCUGUGUGUCGUUUACCUAAUGCUGAAGCUCUGCCCAAUGCCGUUCCCGCUGAUCCUCCAGCUCCCACUUCUGCUUUUGCAGCUCUCCCUGCUGUUCCCUUAGCUGAUCUUCCUGCACCUGCAGCUCCUGUAGCUGGCCUUCCUGGACCUGCAGUUCGUCCUGUUGAUCUUUAUGCUCCUGGUGCUGUUCCUGCAAUCCCUUUACCUAACGCUCAUGCUCUGCCCUGUGCUGCAACUGCGCCACCCCCUGCUUACCCCUUAUCUCCUCCAUCCUCUUACCUUUCAGCUUUUCAUCGUGCUUACCCCUUUGCUUACCCUCCUGUUUACCUUCCUGCUCACCCCUCAGGUUAUCCUCCUGCUAGAAUGUUGGUUCAUUUUGUUGAUCCUUUGCCCCCUCUCCAAGAUGAUGAGCCUAACCCUUGCCAAGAUGCUGAUGUCCAUGAUCAGCUUGUUGAGGAAGAUGAUGAGGAAUCCUAUUGUAGCGAUGAUUUCUUACAGUACAGCUAUGAUAAUGAGGAUAAUUUUACUGAGAACAUCGGUCCGUAUGAUUCCUACUCUGAAUCCUGCAGCUGUUCCUGGAACUGAUGUUCCUGAUCCUGCAGCUCUUCCUUGAGCUGUUGUUCCUGAUCCUGCAGCUCUUCCUCAGGCUGAUGUUCCUGAUGCUGCAGCUCUUCCUCGAGCUGAUGUUCCUGAUCCUGCAGCUCUUCCUUGAGCUGAUGUUCCUGAUCCUGCAGCUCUUCCUUGAGCUGAUGUUCCUGAUCCUGCAGCUCUUCCUUGAGCUGAUGUUCCUGAUCCUGCAGCUCUUCCUCGAGCUGAUGUUCCUGAUCCUGCAGCUCUUCCUUGAGCUGAUGUUCCUGAUCCUGCAGCUCUUCCUCAAGCUGAUGUUCCUGAUCCUGCAGCUCUUCCUUGCGCUGAUGUUCCUGAUCCUGGAGCUCUUCCUUGCGCUGUUGUUCCUGAUCCUGCAGCUCUUCCUCGAGCUGAUGUUCCUGAUCCUGCAGCUCUUCCUCGAGCUGAUGUUCCUGAUCCUGCAGCUCUUCCUUGCGCUGAUGUUCCUGAUCCUGCAGCUCUUCCUUGCGCUGAUGUUCCUGAUCCUGCAGCUCUUCCUUGCGCUGAUGUUCCUGAUCCUGCAGCUCUUCCUUGCGCUGUUGUUCCUGAUCCUGCAGCUCUUCCUCGAGCUGAUGUUCCUGAUCCUGCUGCUCUUCCUUGCGCUGUUGUUCCUGAUCCUGCAGCUCUUCCUAGAGCUGAUGUUCCUGAUCCUGCUGCUCUUCCUCGAGCUGAUGUUCCUGAUCCUGCAGCUCUUCCUCAAGCUGAUGUUCCUGUUUCUGCAUCUCCUCCUCGAGCUGAAUGUAAGAAGCAAAGUUAUUUUCUACUUUUUGUAA